GCGACGGACGAAUGAUGAUUCUCUCGCGGUCAGCACACACACGCCGCACAUCAUCGAUAUAUGCGCUCGGAGGUAAAUAGAAAAUAAGUUUCUGUCACAGCCGGGGACGUUUUACGGAUCAGGAGAUGCUUUUGCAGCGCUAUUCCAGCUAGCGACGAGCGAUAUUUACCAUUAAUAACAUCAGCAGGCUGCAGUAACUCAACUGACCGAUUUCUGCAACAUAAACAUACGCGCGCGCAUCCUAUAGGCACGGGUGCUCAAGUUUAGUAUGGACUACGAAAGACCCAACGUAGAGACCAUCAAGUGUGUUGUCGUUGGGGAUAACGCCGUAGGAAAGACUCGUCUUAUAUGUGCCCGGGCCUGCAAUACCACCCUUACCCAAUACCAGCUGCUCGCCACUCAUGUACCUACAGUCUGGGCCAUCGACCAGUACAGAGUCUGUCAAGAGGUUUUAGAACGUUCCAGAGAUGUUGUGGAUGAGGUAAGCGUGUCCCUCCGGCUAUGGGACACCUUUGGAGACCAUCACAAAGACAGACGCUUCGCCUACGGGAGGUCCGAUGUUGUGGUCCUCUGCUUCUCCAUCGCCAAUCCAAACUCUCUACACCAUGUUAAAACCAUGUGGUACAUGGAAAUCAAACACUUUUGUCCACGUACACCUGUCAUCUUGGUCGGUUGCCAGCUAGACUUGCGCUACGCUGACCUGGAGGCAGUCAAUCGAGCCAGGCGACCAUUAUCAAGGCCCAUAAAACCUGGAGAUAUUUUGCCUCCGGAGAGCGGAAGAGAAGUAGCUAAAGAGCUUGGAAUCCCAUAUUACGAGACAAGCGUGUUUGACCAGUUUGGCAUCAAGGAUAUCUUUGAUAAUGCCAUCCGAGCAGCCCUCAUCUCCCGACGUCACCUGCAAUUCUGGAAGUCUCACCUGAGGAAGGUCCAGAAGCCGCUGCUCCAGGCACCGUUUUUGCCCCCCAAAGCCCCUCCACCGCUCAUUAAGAUCCCAGAGUGCUCAGCCAAAAACCGAGAUGGGCCGAGACAGCUGCUGGAGACUCCUCUCUGUGCCGAUGUUAUGUUUGUCAUUCAGGAACACAUCCACUUAUUUGCUCAUAGGAUCUACCUGUCUACCUCGUCUUCCAAAUUCUUCGACCUAUUUCAAAUGGACUUCUCAGAUGACUCCCAGGGCUUGGUGGUAACCGAGCGUCACAGACGGGAUCAGCUGAUGCGCACCCUCAGUCUGGACACGGAAGAGGAACUGGCAGUUCUGCCCAACCUUUCGCCGUGCUCGCUCAGGACAUCGAAAAGCGACGGUACCCUCAAGAUGAUGAGUUUUAGUGGGAUGCACCGAUGCACCAGGGUGUCCUUGGCCUCUUGGUGCAAGGCUUUCUACAGCAUCCACAAAGAAUGCGUGAUCAAUCCGGUCACGGAUUCACCAGCGCUCAUGACCGUGGUGAAGAUGGAUCAUUCUAUCCACCAUGGACCCUUCAGUGCUGUCCUGCGCUUCCUCUACACCGGUGAGCUGGAUGAGAAGGAGAAAGACCUAAUGAAGAUCGCCCAGAUUGCAGAGAUGCUGGAGGUCUUUGACCUUAGGAUGAUGGUGGAGAACAUCAUGAACAACGAAGGCUUCAUGAAUCAGGAGAUCACAAAGGCUUUUCAUGUGAGAAAGGCCAACCGAAUCAAAGAGUGUCUCGCCAAGAAUAAUUUUACAGAUGUGGUGUUCAGGUUAGAUGAUGGGACAAUUAAUGCCCAUAAGCCUCUACUCAUCUGCAGCUGUGAUUGGAUGGCUGCGUUAUUUGGAGGAUCUUUUAUGGAGAGUGCAAACAAUGAGGUCUCAUUCCCCAACACCAGCAGGGUGUGUAUGCAGGCUGUGUUGGAGUAUCUCUACACCAAUCAGCUGUCACCCAUGUCAGACCUGGACCCAAUGGAGCUAAUCGCCCUGGCCAACAGACUGUGCCUUCCUUGCCUCAUCGCCCUGACAGAGCAAUACGCCGUAAGCGACUUUAUCAAAGCAUCUAAAGAAGGACAAGAUAUUGAUGGAGAGGUCCUCACAUAUCUGGAGCUCGCUCAGUUUCACAAUGCUAAUCAGCUGGCAGCAUGGUGCUUACAUCACAUCUGCACCCAUUACAACCGGAUCUGUGCCAACUACCGCAAGGAGAUCAAGUCCAAGUCAUCCGAGAACCAGCUGUAUUUCGAGAAGUGCCGCUGGCCUCCGGUCUGGUACCUGAAAGAGGAGGAUCACUAUCAGAGAGUAAAGAAAGAGCGAGAGAGAGAGGACGUGAUGUUGAAUAAACAUCAUUCACGACGUCACUGGUGCUUCUGGAGCUCAUCUCCCGCUGUGGCUUGAAUCCUUUAUGAAGCUGGCCUGUCUGUCUGUCGGUUUGUUUCUUCUGUCUUUCUAUCCUGUUAAGAUGAAAUUGGCAGCACCAAAUGAGCAACACUGAAUCAUUUUUUAAGCACAAUCUCUGUGUUCAUUCAGUACUGACCAAUAAAUCACAGAUGUCCACUGAACCUCUGGAGGUGAUGGAAUAAAUCCUGUUAUUAGUAUAAUAUUUAGUAUCGGUUUUGAGUGACAAAGCAACGCUCAAUCAGUUUCUAUCCAGCCAUCAAUGAUAUUUUAACAAAUCUUAAACAAAUGAUUAAAUCAAAAAUUAAAUUUCUGUCUAGCUGUGACGAGAAACUUGACUGCUUGUUGGGUCACAAUGUUAACCGGCGUAGUGAUCAGCAGUGACGGCCGGUGUCUUCUCUUCAGAGAGGCGGGAAUUCAAAAUAUGUAUUCGGUGUGUUAUGUGAACCUAUGUGCAUCAUGUGUCAUGUCAAAAUAAGUGCCUGCUGCACAUGCGUCAAAAGGGUUUAAAAGAGACGCUCGCGUUCACAAAAUACUCACAAGACACUAACGUAACACUGACUUUGAUUACACAUGAUUAAGCGAGUAUCUGGCAAACGUAUGAAGCAGGCAUGUAUUUUGACAUGACACAUGAUGCACAUAAGUUUACAUGACGCGCUGAACACAUAUUUUGACAUGACAAGCCACACACACGAUUGGCUAUAUACAUGUUUUGACGAGAAUCGCAUUGUGCUGCCUCGAAAAAAGAUGUCACAGGCCGCCUGUCUUACUGGGGAUCAGUAAGACUGUAAGGGGUGGUUUCCCAGACAGGGAUUAUUUUAAGCCAGGACUAGACCUGAGUUUAAUAAGGAAAUAUGGCUAGUUUUAACAAACAUGCCUUACUAAAAACAGUACUUGUGUGCAUUUUGAGGCAAAACAAAGGCCACUGAUGUAUUUUAAGAUAGUGCAAGUUGUUUUCAGUUUGGACAGGUCCUAAAUUUUUUUAAGUCUAGGACUAGUCUAAUCCCUGUCCAGGAAACCGCCCCAUGAGUAAAAAUGUAGGCUUCGUCUAUUUUUCACUUAGGUGCUACAAGUUUAAAUAUUUGUGUUAAAAUGAAUUUUAAACCGUUAAAUUAUCUAAUUGGACACCGAUUAUAAUGGCACUAAAUCUGAUGUAUUAAAUUUGCAUUGAUUUACUGAAAUCUUUUAACUACAUUUCUGCAUUCAGGCGAAUUUUGGAAACCGCGAUAGGUCCAUGUUUGGAGAUCAGACCAACACUCGAGGUUUGGGCUCACUGUAAAUUGUAAUUUAAUGGAUGUGGUUUGAUUGUUGUGUUUGUAAGAGCCUAUAUAACUGUGUAAACAUCAGGGACAGGUACACAACUGGGUCAUUCGUGUUCUGCAGUAAAAUAUUUCUAUAAAAGUGUACACCAGAAUAUAAUCUGAGCAAAUUCAGGCACUUACAAUAAGCUAUUCGUUUGAUAAUAAUUGAAUGGAAUGUUUAAGAUUGAGACAAACCAACUAAAACAAAAAAACAUCACAUGUCCCACAAAAAAUGUUCCUCACUCUUAAUAUUAAUAUUCCACUUUCAUAAAAACAAUUCUGGUAAUUUACUCACCCCCAUGUCAUCCAAGAUGUUUAUAUCUUUCUUUGUUCAGUCGAGAAGAAAGUAAUCUUUUUGAGGAAAACAUUCCAAGAGUUUUGGACCUUGCAGUUUACAGUUUCAAUGCAGCUUCAACGGGCUCUAAAGGAUCCCAACAGAAACAUAAGGGUCUUAUCUAGCAAAACAAUUGGCAUUUUUGCCAAAAAUUUAUAAAUAAUUAAAAGUACUUUUAAACACAGCUUCUCGUCUUGCACUAGCCGUGUGAUGCCCCAGCGUGACCUUACGUAUUAUGUAAUUGUGUCAAAAGGUCAUGCAUGAUGUAUGCGAAACUUCCGCCCCAGUGUUUACAAGUGUGGAGAAAGAGGACAUUGUUGUAUGUGGAAUGAUACUAAUUAAUGUCUUUGUGUGAGUUUAUUGGUUAAAAUGGUCUGCAAGUGUGCGUUUCACAUAUGUAACGCAAGACCUUUCCACGUGAUUACGUAAUACGUAAGGUCACGUUGGUGCAUCACACGGCUAAUGUAAGAUGAUAAGUUGUGGUUUAAUAGUACUUAAUUUUUGGCAAAACAUUAUGACUGUUUCGCUGGAUAAGACCCUUAUGCCUCGGUUGGGAUUAGAGGCCUUUUAAGCUGCAUUGAAACUGUAAACUGCUGAGGUCCAAUAAAGUCCACUAUAUGGAGAUAAAUCUUGGAAUGAUGACUAAAUGACUAAACAAAGAAAAACAUAUUGGAUGACAUGGGGGUGAGUGGCAUUUGACAUGUUUAUGAAAGUGGAGUAAAAAUAAAGGUGCUUUAUGAAGCCAUAGAAAAACGUUAUUGCCUAAAAAAAACGUCUGAAGCACCUUUAACAUCUGAAGCACCUUUCUGUUCUGAAAUUCCCUAAAAAUGUUUUUUAAGAUUAUAAAAAGGUAAGAAAGAAAUGGUUCUCCAAAAAACAUUUCACUGAAUAGUUCCUCUAAUGCAUCACUGUGAAAAACCUUUUAAGGACAUAUCUUUUCAAAAUUAGUGACUGAAACUAGCUUUAGCUAAUUAAAUGGGACAUUUCACAAGACUAUUUUAAGAUGUCAAAUAAAUCUUCGGUGUCCCCAGAGUACAUAUGUAAAGUUCUAGCUUAGAAUACCAUAAAGAUAAUAUAUAACAACAUGUUAAAAUUGCCACUUUAUAGGUGUGAGCAAAAUUGGGUCUUUGGGUGUGUCCUUUAAAAUGCAAAUGAGCUGAUCUCUGCACUAAAUGACAGUGCCGUGGUUGGAUAAUGCAGCUUACGGGGCGGUAUUAUCCCCUUCUGACAUCACAAGGGAAGCCAAAUUUCAAUGACCUAUUUUUUCACAUGCUUGCAGAGAAUGGUUUACCAAAACUAAGUUACUGGGUUGAUCUUUUUCCACAUUUUUUAGGUUGAUAGAAACACUGGGGACCCAAUUAUAGCACUUAAACAUGGAAAAAAUCUGAUUAUCAUGAUAUGUCUUCUUUAAAGGGAUGUCACAAGAAAGAGUGAUGGAGAUGUUAAUGUAACUAAAUCUAACAAUUAAAAAAAUUCACAAUAUCUGAAACCAAAGCAGUGAAUUUUUUUCAAAUUUACCAAAUUGUGAUUUAUGCAAAGGACAAUAAAAAGGUUUUCACCUUUACAAAUCCUGAGCUUAAUAUUGUAUUAAAUAUCUUUCAACAUGCAGGCAAGAUGAAAAUGUACUGCAUAGCACGAAUCACUCAUUUCUGUUUAAAUGGAUUAAAGAUCCAAGAGAUUUCGCAGGAACGAAUAAACAAUGACAUCACGUUCCUCUCACUAGAGUCAUCUACUGUACAAGCUCCACUUUAUGUUUCUAUAGACUCUUUUGUGUCUUGUAGCGUUGUGUAAACCGUUACAAACAUACAACACAUUGACUAUAUUAGAAGGGCUUAACACCAUGGCUUAAUUAGUUCAGGGUAAACCUUAAUGAAAAGAUAUAAAUGUAAGCACCUUUCACGUAGAUCAUAUAGUACGUAUAAUACAUUAGCUCCACCAUUGUCGUGCUAGAAGAUACAUAUGUACUGUAGUGGAUUGUAACUUUAUUUACACAUCAAAGAUUGUCGUGAAAGAAGCGAUGAUUUAAUCAGCUGUGUCCUACAACAGUAUAAUGAAAACGUAUGUAGAUGUUUUAAGGUAGGAUGAAGAAUGUACUGCAGUCUCUGUGAAUGUGAGGAUGAUGGACAUGCUGGGUUGGUGUCAAUCAAUGUAUGGUAAAUGAGACCAGACGAAUGGUUAACUGCCUAUUAGUAAAGGAUAAAUAUACAUACUUGAAGAAAAACAAUAAUGUUUAGUCAUCAGUAUAGUGUAGAUUCUCUUUAGUUGACCAAAGCAAUAUGUAGAUGAUGGCACUCAUAAGAUCUCACGAUUGUUCUUCUUUAAGUGGUUUGGCGAAAUUGUUGUUAACUAUCGUUAGCUGCUAAAAACCAAAUGGCUGGUUCAUUUGGUUCCUGCUGUCUAAAUGCCUUUGAUCUUGCUGGUCAUUAUCUUUAAUGUUGUCUGUUUGAUUAUUUAUGUAAGUCAUUAAUUUAUUUUUUAAAAAUGGAAGAUUGUUGAAUAAAUUAUUGAUUGUA